AUGAUUACAGCUUUUGGUAUGAAUUCAACUGAAAAGGGCAUCAGUAUAGGAUCUGUUAAGAAUAUAUAUAAAUUAGAUACAUCUAAUCUAUCAAACUAUAAAUGGUCAUUAUUAUCUAAUUAUGAUGAUCAAUCUAUGCUCAUAUCAAAAAGUAAUUCAUCUCAAAUUUCUCAAAUUACCCCAAUUCAACCCAAUUCAACCUAA